AUGGAAUUCAUUGUACGUUUUGACAGAGCUAUUGGUUCACAGAGGCACAAGGAGUUAAUGGCUGAUCAUGUUGAUAUCAAUGAAAAACCUCCACUGCCAUUUCGAACACCAAUGCAACAUCAAAUGGCACGCAUUUACACUCGAGAAAUUCUUGAAAUGUUUGAGAAGGAAGACUUCAGAAGCCUUUUAUACUUGUUCGAACUUGUAGAGCAAGAUGAGACCCAGUGCAGGAACAAAGUAAGUGAGCGGGUAAAUCCGGGGGUGACACGGAUGAAGGAGCUUGUGCAUAAUAAAGAUGCCGAUAAAGCUUAUUGCAGCUGCAAAGAAUUUGAAUUUUGGGGUAUUUCGUGCCGACACAUCCUAGUAUUUUUAAGAAUGAAGCAGGUGGAGCACUUGCCAGACAAUUACAUAUUGAAACGAUGGCUUCAAAGUGCAAAGUGCGGUGUAGUAUAUGGUAAGAAUGAUAAAGAAGUUAAAGAUUGCGUGGACGGUUUGGUUUUGGUUAAGAGAUCGAAACUUUGCAAAGUUGCAGGUGAUUUGAUAGAUUCUGCUUUGUUGUGUGAUGAAGGUUUUGAGUUGUUGGAAAAUUCCUUUGACGACAUUCGUGGGAAGCUUACAAGGUUGUUGUCAUCAAGAGCUCGUGUCGAAGAAAAACCCAAUGGAGAGGUCAGAACUAGUUCUCCCCAAGUCAGAAUGAAAGAUCUCUAUCGAGUAAAAGCAAAAAGGCGUGUGAGAAGAGUGAAAGGACAAAAAGAGAAGGCAGCGGAACGACAUAAAUGGCGGUGUAGUGAAUGUAGGAAGACUGAUCAUGAUAGAUGGAGUUGUCCAAAACUUGGGAGCCCCUCUUCAUCUUCUGACGAAGAAGUUGGUGCUGUAGUUGAUGAGAAUUUGCAGCCCAGUCGGAGCACACAGGACAAGGAACCUACUACGACAGAGUCAUUUAUGCAAGAGUUUGAUUUCAUUUACGGUCCUGGAGUUUGA